GUAAUAUUUUCGAACCAAACGACUUCGUUUGAGGUGGAUGAAAGAAGCGUGAGGUUUUGUUGGAGCAAUACACAAAAACAUUCGGAAAGAAGAGAAAACCCUGAAUCGUGAUUCGUGAAGAACCAUGGCGAGGAGUAGUAUUUUCCGAUUGGGAACACGAUUACGAUCACUACUCUCCAAUAAUAACCUAAUUACAAUUCGUUCACGAUACCUCGCCGCAACGCCGUCGUUUCAACACCGCAACCGCCACAACAAUGCUUUCUCUUUCUCCUCCUCCGCCUCUCCGUUUCCAUCUCCAUUUUCCACCACCGGACAAAAGAGGAGUAUGUUUAUCCAAACGCAAUCCACUCCGAAUCCAGAAUCUCUCAUGUUUCAUCCCGGUAAGCCGGUUAUGGAUAUCGGAAGCGCCGAUUUCCCUAACGCACGGUCCGCCUUGAAUUCUCCUCUCGCCAAAUCGCUCUUUUCUAUUGACGGAAUUACUCGCGUUUUCUUUGGAUCCGAUUUUGUUACUGUUACUAAAUCGGAAGAUGCUUCCUGGGAGUUUCUUAAGCCGGAAAUCUUUGCUGCUAUUAUGGAUUUCUACUCUUCUGGUGAACCUCUUUUUCUAGAUACUCAAGCUGCUGCAUCCAAAGACACUGCAAUUCACGAUGAUGAUUCUGAAACAGUUGCAAUGAUCAAGGAACUUUUAGAGACUCGUAUUCGACCAGCUGUACAAGAUGAUGGUGGGGACAUUGUAUAUUGUGGUUUUGACGCAGAUACUGGGAUAGUCAAACUUAAAAUGCAAGGAGCGUGUAGUGGCUGCCCAAGUUCUUCGGUGACUCUGAAAUCAGGCAUUGAGAAUAUGCUGAUGCACUAUGUACCUGAGGUCAAAGGUGUGGAACAAGAAAUGGAUGCCGAGGAUGAGGAAGCUGAAUUAAGUGGACAAGUGGAGUAGUUGGUCUUGUAUUUUUCUAUAGCUACGGACUGCAUUAGUCUUAACAUUUCACAAUCAACAGAGACUUCAAUGUAUGACAGCAGUACAUGAUGGAGACUCAAAUGAGUGUAUACAAAGAAUAUUAGUAUUUAAUAAGUUGUGAGUUGGAUAAAUUGCGGUAUGACAUGAAAUUGUUGUUCCCAGCUGGUUAGAUCUCUGGUAUAGUAUGAUGGUAGUUCUUAACACAAUGUCCAUUGCAGAAUGGCGGCUUGCCGAACCUCUAUUUAUCAGCAUUGCAAUGGUUCUUGGUCUUUCUUUCUGAAUCAAGGUUCCUGCAAAAGUACAAGCCAUUAUUUGCCCAUUGGUAUUGUAUUGAGGAUACACUUAGGUUUAGGAUUUAAUAACUUCUGCUUUUUUUUUCGUGUUCAAAUUGAUAUAUGUGCAUGUUAAGAAGAACAAGAAGAAAAAAAAGGCAUGGAUCAUUGUUGUUGUUUUGCC